CCCUCUCCACUCCCCCCCACCCCCCUUUGCACCAUUCCCUCGGAAGAUAAACACUAUGCAUCGCGGCUUUCCUUCCAGACACUACUUCUCCGCCUCCUCUAGCGGCGGCAGCGGCGGCGGCGGGUCUUCGAACUCCAGCGGCGACAGCGACUACUCGCACCUUUUGUCGUCCAGGCUGGGCAGCAUGGUUGCGGAGAAUGCGAUAAUCGUGUUCGCGAGGCGCGGGUGCUGCAUGUGCCACGUGGUGCAGCGCUUGCUCUUCGGGCUGGGCGUCAACCCCACAAUUUACGCCUUCGAUGAAGAUGACGAGGCCGCCCUCAUCCACGGGCUUCUCAGGAUCGUCGCCUUCGCCGGCGAUGACGCCGUCGAACUGCCCGAGUUCCCCGCGGUUUUCAUCGGCGGAAAGCUUUUUGGUGGGCUGGAAAAGCUUAUGGCGGCUCAUAUUUCCGGCGAUUUGGUACCCCUCCUUAGAAAGGCUGGUGCCCUGUGGCUUUGACUCGGUCCUUAAUCUGCUGUUUACUCUAUUAUAUAUCCUAUCCUAUAAAAACAAGGAUGCAUCGGAUUUUAAAUUCAUUUUAUUAUUAUUAUUAUUAUCAUUAUCAUUAUGUUAUUUCCUUCCAUUUUUUUCCCCUUAAAUAAUUUAUGUCUUUGUACAUUAAUGCAAUUUUUUUUUUUUU